UCCAGCAGUCAGCCGGUCGGCGAACCUCACUCGGCUCCAGUGUGGAUGCUCGUGCAGCACGAAGACGGAUUUCAAACAAAAGCAAAACAAACCCCGGAGGAUUGGCGACGUGCGCGCUCUCACCUGACGCGGACGCGCGCGCGCAAGCAAGAAGGACGGAAGAACUCUUAUGGAAUUGCCCUAUUUUCUUCCCCUCUCGUGUGGAUUGUGUGAAUGCGUCCUUUUUCUGCAUCGCAAUCAGCUUUACAUCGGGGACACCAGCCAGAGGUGCGCGCGUGCAUGUCCUUCCAAUGAAUGUGUAGCUGAGCCAUGUCUCUGAGAAGCAAAGGGUCGCGACGACGGCCCGGUGGCUCGUCUUUCCGCUCUCUUCUUUGGCGACCGCCCGUCUUCUUUGCCGUCAUUCUCGUCCUGCUCCGGUCCCCCGCUGCCGUCUCGGGGGCGCUGGAGCUGCAACUGGACGAGGAGCAGCCGGCGGGCACCGUCGUCGGGGACAUCAGCGCCGGGUUGCCGCCGGGCGAGUCGACCAGCCUCUACUUCAUCUCUGACCACGAAAGGUCGGGCGUGGACAGCGACCUGAACAUCGACGAGACCACCGGGAUCAUCACCACGGCGCGCCGCCUGGACCGCGAACAGAGAGACCACUACAGCUUCAUUGCCGUCACCAUGACGGGCGUCACGGUGGAGGUGGCCAUCACCGUCAAUGACAUCAACGACCACGCGCCCAAGUUCCCCAAAAGCAAAGCUCACCUCAAGAUCCCCGAGCACACGGCCACGGGGACCCGGUUUUCCCUGGAUCCAGCCAGCGACGCCGACAAGGACCACUUCACUACGCAGGGUUACUCCAUUCGGGAGGGGAACGUUGGUCAGGUGUUCCGUUUGGAGUCCAAGAGGGCAGCCAACAAGGCGCUGUAUCUGGACCUGGUCAUCAACGGACCCCUGGACCGGGAGAAGCGCUCCACUUACACCCUGGUCCUCGAGGCCUUUGACGGGGGCUCGCCCAGGAGGGCGGGCUCCAUGACUCUGGAGGUGGCUGUGACGGACGUCAACGACCACGCGCCGGUCUUCAACCAGAGCCGAUACCACGCCAUCAUUUCCGAGAGUCUCCCACAAGGAAGCAGCAUCCUGCAGGUCUUUGCCGCAGACCAGGACGAGGGGGACAACGGCCUGGUCCUCUACGAGAUCAACCGGCGACAAAGUGAUCCCGAGCGCUACUUUGUCAUCGACCUCAAGUCCGGAGUCAUCACGCUCAACAGACCACUGGACUAUGAGCUUAAGAGAGUCCACGAGCUGGUGGUCCAGGCCAGGGACAACGCCAGCCACCCGGAGGUGACCAACGCUUUUGUGACUAUUCAUGUUCGCGACUACAACGACAACCAGCCCACCAUGACCAUCAUUUUCCUGAGCGAGGACGGCUCGCCCAAGAUCUCCGAGGGCGCCCAGCCGGGCCAGUACGUGGCCCGCAUCUCCGUCACCGACCCGGACUACGGCGAGUACGCCAACGUCAACGUGUCGUUGGAGGGCGGCGAUGGAAAGUUUGCUCUCACCACCAAGGACAGUAUCAUCUACCUGAUCUACGUGGACCAGGUUUUGGACCGAGAGGAGCGCGACUCCUACGACCUCCGGGUGAUGGCCACCGAUUCGGGCACGCCCCCGCUGCAGGCCGAGUCGUCGUUCACCAUCCGGGUGACGGACGUCAACGACAAUCCGCCUUUGUUCGACCAGCGGACCUACAGACAGACCAUCCCCGAGGCCGUCUACCCGGGAUCUUUUGUCCUUCAAGUCACCGCCCGGGACAAGGACCAGGGUCCCAACGGAGAAAUCCGCUACAGUCUCCUGAAGGGCAAGAACUCUCGCUCGGACUGGUUCUCGGUGGACCCGGUGACGGGGAUCAUCACCACGGCCGCCGUCCUGGAUUUCGAGUCGGAGCCGUCGCCAAGCGUGACGGUGGUGGCGACGGACGGCGGGCGGCCGCCGCUGUCGUCCACGGCUCGGGUGGACAUGGUGCUGCAGGACGCCAACGACAACGCCCCCGUCUUCUCCAAGAGCUUCUACAACGCCACCCUCGAGGAGAACGCCCCGCCCGGGACCUGCUUCCUCCAGGUGUCCGCCACGGACGGCGACCGCGGUUCCUUCGGCGCGGUGUCCUACGCGCUGGCCUUGGGUUCGGGCGGCGCGGCGUCCGCUCAUUUCACCCUAGACGAGGAGAGCGGGCGUCUUUGCACCACGACAGCGGUGGACCGUGACGAGGGGCCUGACGCCUAUGAGCUGGUCGUCACGGCAACAGACGGGGGCGGUCUGAGCGCGGCGGUCGGCGUCAGGGUGUCGGUGGCCGACGUCAACGACAACAGGCCCGCUUUCUACCCGCUCUUGUACGCGGUCAGCUUGAGUGCGCACAGUGCCCCCGGGACCUCUGUGGUUAAGGUGACGGCCCAUGACCCGGAUGCCGGCGAGAACGGGCGGGUGACCUACAAGGUGGCGCCCGGGGGAGCUUCUGCCUUCUUCACCCUCAACAAAGACACAGGUGUAAUCUCCCUUUCGCGCUCGCUCCACGGCAAAGCCAACUCGGUCAUCUCCAUGGUGAUAUCGGCUCAAGAUGGCGGCGGACUGACCGCUUCGGUAGACGCCAGAGUGAACGUGAGCGUGGUGGGAGGCGCCGUGUCGUCGCCCGUCUUCGAGCAGCCGCAGUACUUCUUCACCGUGUCCGAGGACGUUCUCCGGGGCACCUCGGUGGGAGUGGUCCGCGCCACCGCCAAAACAGGUCAGGAAUCGGCAGCUCAUCCACAAAUGGGCUUUUUCUCACCGACACCCCUUGUGUCUUCAGUCCUUGCCAAAGACAUCUCUUACUCCAUCUCCUCUGGAGAUCCUGAUGGUUACUUCAUCGUGGACGCCGCGACCGGAACCAUCCGCACCGCCCUCCCCCUAGACCACGAAAGCUGCCCAAGGCUGGACCUGGAGAUCCAGGCGCGCUUCGGCUCCCCUCCCGCUUUCGGUGCCAGUCGGGUCCGCGUAUCCGUCUCGGACGUGAAUGACAACGCACCCACUUUCCUGCCCUCCUCAUCGGAGUCACUCCUCCUGCCUGAGGUCACCAAAAUCGGGACCAUCAUCUACCGCGUUCAGGCCUCGGACAAAGACUCCGGUCAGAACGGUCAGCUAAGUUUCGACUUGAUGGCGGGCAGCAGCGGACAGAGGACUUUCGGCGUGGAUCGAGGCAGCGGGGAGGUGCGUCUGAUCGGGGGACUCUCCUAUGAGAGCAUCCCCCGCUACGACCUUCAGGUGGUGGCCAAAGAUGGCGGCGCACCUCAGCUGAGCUCCACCUUCACCCUGGUGGUUCACAUCCAGGCGCAGGAUGCGCAGGGACCCCACUUUGACACGUUGACCUACCGCGUGGAACUUCGAGAGAACACGCCUCUCAACACACGCUUCCUCCAGGUUCGAGCUCUCAACAGAGAAGCGUCCGGCAAUGGCGGAAGCGCCUCGCCGUCCGCCGACAUUUCCUACCGCCUUCGGCCCGACGGCGACGCGGCCGGCUUCGGCAUCGUGCCCGAUAGCGGUUGGCUGUUUGUGAGAAGCUCUCUGGACCGUGAAGUCAAGGACAUGUACCUGCUGACUGUGGAGGGGACCUCAAGCCAGGGCGGGACGGGGAGAACGGGAAGCGCCGCCGUCAGGGUGACCGUGACGGAUGAAAAUGACAACUCGCCCAAGCUCAGCCAGGACAGAGUGUUCCUGGCUGUACGGGAGAAUCUCCUGGCGGGAACGGGCUUCGGUAGGGUGUCCGCCACCGACCGAGAUACCGGACCGAACGCCCGCCUUACCUACAGGCUUCUGCACGCCGACAAACACUUUCAGAUCAACUCGCAGACAGGAGAAAUUAGCACUCGCCAAGCCCUGGAUCGGGAGCGGCAGUCGAGCUUCCAGCUGACGGUGGUCGUGCAGGACGGCGGGACGCCUCCCCGCACAGCCACCGGCACGGCGCACGUCAGCGUGCUGGACGAAAACGACCACGCUCCGAGCUUCACCCACGCCCGGCCGGACAGAGAGCUCCUCUUUCAGGUGAACGAGGGGCUUCCUUCUGGGACCAUCUUGGGCACCGUGUCCGCCAAAGACCCGGACGAGGGCGAAAACAGCACCAUCUAUUAUUCUUUAGAAGGCUCCAGAGUGGAGCGCUUCUCUCUGAACACCGCCACGGGGGAGCUCCGAACCGCCGCCCCGCUGAGGUGGGCGGAACGUGCCGAGUACGUCCUGACCGUGACCGCCGCCGACCACGGAACGCCGAGCCUCAGCUCCGCCUGCCAGCUGCGGAUUCAAGUUUUGAGCUCCGCCAAGUCAUCCCCGAUGCCAAACGUGCUGUCCAUGACGCUGAACGUGGUAGAAGGAGCUCCCCCGGGCUCAGUGGUGGGCUCGGUGCACCCGCCUGAUGCCGUCCCGGAUGGCCAGGUCACCCACCUGGUGGUGGACGGGACGGACCAGGACGGGACCUUCAUGGUGGACCGUUUGAAGGGCGACGUGUACCUGGUGCAGGAGCUGGACUACGAGAAGGCGUCUGAGUACACGCUACACGUGGAGGUGUCCGACUUCUCCCGGGCCUUUCCCAGCAGCCAUCUGGUGAAACUGAGCAUCCGGGUGCAAGACAGCAACGACCAUUCGCCGCGCUUCGCAGAGGAUCCCGUGACAGUCGUCGUACCUGAGAACCUUCAGCCGGGAGCCUCCAUAUACACCUUCCAGGCUGUGGACCAGGACGGCAGCAGUCCCAACAGUGAGUUGCGUUACUCCAUCGAGCAGCGCUGGCCGGAUGAGGCCAACCUGCUGAAACUGGACGCCGUUAGCGGCGUGCUCACCCUCGGGGAGACCCUGGACCGCGAGACCACGCCGUCUCUUCACCUGGUCGUCCGGGCUACCGAUCAAGCGGUGGAGCUCUCGCAGAGGCGCUGGGCUUCAGUCACGGCGCAGGUGUUUAUCAUCGACCAAAACGACAACACUCCCAUCUUCAGCUCGCCCGCCGCCGUCAGCGUGAUGGAGGAUCAACCCGUCGGCUUUGUGAUUUUGUACGUGAUGGCUCGGGAUGCGGACGAAGGGGAGAACGGUCGAGUGUCGUAUAGAAUCCUGACGGGAAACGGUGCCGGUCACUUCGGUCUGAACCCCGACACCGGCUCGCUGUCCAUCUUGAAGGCGCUGGACCGAGAGGAGCAGGAAGUCUUCAAUCUGACGGUGAUGGCGGAGGAUGGCGGGACGCCUUCGCUCUCCUCCACCCAGAAUCUCUGCGUACAAGUGAUGGACGUCAACGACGAGGCUCCUCUUUUCCAAAAGGCUGAGUUUGAGGCCCGGGUUCUGGAGAACCAAGGGCCAGGCACUACGGUGCUGACGGUGGUGGCCACCGACAGAGAUCAAGGGUCCAAUGGGCACGUGACCUUCGGGGGCGUGACGGAGGAAGGCUUUGUCAUCAACCCGUCCACCGGCGUCAUCACCACCACCGCCGAGCUGGACAAGGAGCUUCGGGAUCACUACGUCCUCACCGUAUACGCCCGGGACGGCGGGAUGCCCCCCAACUUUGCCAAAGCCACGGUGCGUGUGGAGGUUGAAGACGUCAACGACAACGCUCCGGUCUUCGCUCGGCCGUGGUAUGGCCUGGAAGUGCCCGAGAACCAAGACCCCGUGGAGCUGUGCAUCCUCAGGGCCAGCGACCCGGACUCAGGUGCAAGCGGGGAGCUGGAGUACAGGAUUACCGCUGGAGACCCAGACGGGGACUUCCACCUCCAUGCCAGCACGGGAACCCUGUCCACUCGGCGGGGCUUGGACAGGGAGACGAAGGCCGAGUACACCCUGGAGGUGACGGCCACGGACCGAGGCGCCCCGCCUCUCAGCACCGCCGUCACGGUGGAGGUCCGAGUCCUGGACGUCAACGACAACAGCCCCGUUUUUGGCAGGAGCACAUACACUACUGAUGUUUCGGAAGACGCCGCCGAGGGAUCGCAAGUCCUGGCGGUGACGGCGACGGAUGCGGACGAUGACGUGAACGGGAAAGUUCUGUACUUCUUGAGCCACGAGGCUCACGGCGCGUUCACCGUGGACGAGCGCACGGGUCGCAUCACCACGGCGGCCCCGCUGGACCGCGAAAAGCGAGCGUCGUACAGCUUCCGAGUGUUUGCCACCGACCUUUCCCCGGCGUCGCCCCGGAACUCUUCUGCUCAGGUGACCAUCACCAUCACGGACGUCAACGACAACACACCCAUCUUAAUCCAGGACCCGCUGGUCGUGGAGGUGUCAAGCAGGCGGUCCCAGCGGGUUCUGGCUACCAUGAAAGCCGAGGACAAGGACUUCGGGGCCAACGGCUCCGUGUUUUAUCGCUUCGCCACUCCCGUGAAGGGCUUCCGCAUCAAUUCUCUGACCGGGGAAAUCCAGGCCACAGAGCCUCUGGAGACUCUCUCCCAGGCCCAGAGGACUCUUAUCGUGGAGGCCAUGGACCAGGGCACUCCGGCCCAGUCUGCGCAGGGCGUGGUGGUGAUCUACGUGAAGGAGGUGGAGUACAGCGGCAUUCGCUUCUCCAGGAACGCCAGAGAUGUCAGCAUACAGGAGAAUGCGGCUCAAGGUACAGCCGUGGUGCAGGCUCAGGCCCAGUAUCCCGAUGGAAAUCGCAAUGGCAUCGGCUACAGCAUCUUCAGUGGGAACAGACGGCAGGCCUUCAGGAUCAACUCGGCCACAGGUGAAAUCUGGGUGCAAAGCUCCAAGGGUUUGGACUUUGAGGACACGCCCAGGCUGCGUCUGGUGGUGAAAGCCGAGAGCGUGUCCUCCACCUCUUUCAUCGGCAUCAACUUGCUGCUUCAGGACGUCAACGACAACCUCCCUCGCUUCCAGCUGCAGAACUACGUCGCUUACAUAAGGGAGGCUCGGGGAUACGAAACGCCAAUCAUACAGGUCGUGGCCGAGGACACGGACCAAGGCCAGAACGGUCAGGUGACCUACUCCAUUCAGUCGUCGGGCAUGAGCGGAUUGUUCAAGAUUGAUCCGAUGACGGGAAGUGUCACCACCACGGCGAUCAUGGACCGUGAGAUCUUUACCCAGACCAAGCUGGUGAUAACAGCAACCGAUAGAGGAAGUCCAAGACUGGCGGGUUCAGCAACUCUGACCGUGAUCAUCGUGGACCGGAAUGACAACAGUCCCACGAUACCCUUACCACAAGAAAUCCGCAUCUCAGAGAACACAUUAAUAGGUACCGAGAUCACCCUGGUGACGGCCAACGACGUAGACUCCGGUCCAGCUCUGGCCUACUCGUUGCACAUGGACCCAAGCGCCAUUGGGAAGUUCGGGAUCCACCGCUACACUGGAGGUGUUUGGCUCACCGCCCCGCUGGACUUUGAGGAGAAGACGUGGUACACAGUGACCGUCAGAGCCACCGACAGCCAGCACCAUGCGGAGGCCAACAUCACUAUCCUGGUCCAGGACGUCAACGACAACGUACCGGCCUUCACCCACGACCUCUAUCAGGUGACCCUACCCGAGCACACGGCAGCUGGCAGUGCGGUUGUCACGGUAACAGCAACUGACAGGGACUCCGGAGAGAACGGAAGGAUCACCUACAGUGUCAUGUCGUCCACUCAAGAGGGCUUCUCCAUUGAUCCCAACAACGGAACGUUGUUCAUCAGCCAACGAGCAGAGUUUGACCCUGAACGUCCUUCCGUCAAUGUGGUCAUUGAAGCUCGCGACGGGGGCUCCCCCCCGCAUUCCGCCCUCGCCACCGUCCAGGUUCAAAUUGCUGACGUCAACGACAAUGCCCCCGCGUUCCACCAAUCAGAGUACAGAGCGACAGUUUCAGAGGACACCAUCCCUGGAGUUACAGUCUUAACAUUCGAGGUCUCCGACAGUGACCUCUCCCGGGAAAACUGCGGGUUGGACUUUGCUAUCGCUAGCGGCAAUGAGGGUUACGCCUUCCAUAUGGAGAGCAGCGUUCGAUUCCUGGAGGGCCGCGGCUUCCAAACUGUUGGCUCGCUGCUCUUGGCCGAGGGUCUGGAUUUUGAAACCAAACCGCUGUACAAUCUCACCGUGGUUGUGUCAGACCGUGGCGUGCCCCAGAGGAGCUCCAGCGUCGCCGCCGUGAUCACCGUCGGCGACGUCAACGACAACCCGCCCAUUUUCAGCAGGGCGGAAUACGUGGUGGCGUUGAGCGAAGGGGCUGUCGCUGGUACAGAAAUCAUCCGACUGACCGCGACAGAUCCAGACUCGGCGCCCAAUGCGGAGGUCCGGUAUGCCAUCAGCUCCGGGGACGAGGUCAACCUUUUCGCCGUGGACCAGUGGACCGGAGCUCUGCGGCUUCAGCAGGCUUUGGAUCGCGAGCAGAGGUCCACUCACACCGUCAUCAUCCAAGCCACGGACGGUCAAGGGCAUUUGGCUCUGGUUCCCGUGCUUGUGGAGGUCAAAGACGUGAACGACAAUCAUCCGUUCUUCCCGGUGGAAGUCCUGACGGCAAGCAUCAGAGAGAACCAACCGGCAAAUUCGGCCGUGACGGUUCUCCAUGCUAUCGACCAUGACACGGGAGUCUUCGGCCAGUUGAGCUACUUCAUGCUCGAGCGCUCGCCCGCAGGAAAGGACUUUUCCGUGGAUUCCACCACUGGAGCGAUCAAGAGCAGGAAUCCCUUUGACUUUGAGAAGAUCAAUUCGUUCAACUUUGUCGCACUGGCAGUUGAUGCAGGAAACCACUCCGCCACCGUGACGGUGCAGGUGUUUGUCACAGGCGAGGACGAAUACGAUCCCAUUUUCACAUCCUCCCAUUUCUCCUUUGAGGUCCCAGAGGAUGGCCGGAAAGGUCAGAGCAUAGGUCAAGUCCAGGCCAGUGAUGAGGAUGGAGGCGUCGAUGGGAUCGUCCUCUACUCCUUCCCGACGAGCUCUCCCUACUUUGAAAUCAACAAAACCACUGGUGUGAUUGUCCUCAAGCUGGACAGCUCGGGGAGCGGUCGCAGGAGCAACGCUGGAUCAGGUCGAGCCAAAAGAGAAACCCGGCUGAUGACUCUGGACGUGAGAGCUCACAGUCCUCUGGCUGAAUCUCGCCACUCCACGGCGCACGUCUCCAUCGACGUCACCAACACGGGCUUCGGCCUAGCCCCCGACGUUAACGUCUUGCUGAUCAUCAUCAUCGCCGUGUCACUCGGCGUGAUCGUUCUUCUUGUGGUCAUGGCGACUGUGGUGUUCCUGGUCAAGUCGCGCAGGAGGAAGAAAGCCCAGAAUGCCACCGACAGACCCCAGCCCUCAGAAACCGCUCUGAAAAACUGCAGCUCGGGACAAGGAGGGGAGAUGAUCUUCCACCAGGCCUUGCCGGGCUAUGUCGGAGAGCAGGGGAGUGGCGGCGGGGGUUCGUACACAAGAGGAGGCUCUCUCGAUCCGUCACACUCCAGUGGGAGAGGAUCCGCCGAGGCGGCAGAGGAUGACGAAAUUCGGAUGAUAAACGAGUACCCUCGCGUGGCCUCCAUCAGCUCCUCCAUGCAAGAACAUAUCUCGGCCAGGGGACCAGAUUCUGGGAUUCAGCAGGACGCCGACCAGCUCUCGGAUGUCUCCUGCGAGCCUGCGGCUUUGGAAGGGAGCACUUGGUUCAAAGGCAAAAAAAUGGCCGGCGGUCUCAGUGGAACUUUGCUCUCUGGGCAGCUCCCGGUCUAUCGGGACGAGGGAGGCGGCUACCUGGGAGUCGGCCGGGGUCUGAAUAUUACCCUCCCGAAGGAGUACGCCUUCCCCGAGGAUGGUAAACCAUCUGUGGAUGGUUCUCUCACAGCUAUAGUGGCCAGCGACGAGGAGCUCCGGGGGAGCUACAACUGGGACUACCUACUCAACUGGUGCCCUCAGUUCCAGCCACUGGCCAACGUUUUCACCGAAAUCGCAAGACUGAAAGACGAGACGGCCCAACAGAACCCCAAUCCGCGCCAGCCCUUCCAACCCAAGCCCAAAAUGGAUUCCAAAGCCAGAAUCGACCCGCCGCCGCUCAUUACCUCGGUCGCCCACCCGGGGGCCAUGUCGGUGCCGCCCAAAGUGCCUGCGAUGGGACGGACGUUCCCCCACUUAGUAUCCCUACGCCGGUCCCCCAUCAGCCACGAGGGUUCCAUUUCCUCGGCCGCCAUGUCGCCCAGCUUUUCGCCGUCGCUUUCCCCGUUGGCGGCACGCUCUCCUGCCGUCUCCCCUUUCGGCGUCAACCAGGGACCCUCGGCAUCCAUGAUCAGCACCCGGGAGCCCUCGCUGGAGCGGAGUCCUGAUCAUGAGAUGAGAAUAUGAGGGCCACGGACUAUUUCUCGAACCUUUUUGCGUGUUCCAUGGACUGGCGUUUACAGGGGUUCUCGGACUUUUUGGCCCUUCCGUGUCUUUCCGAUCACUUCCGUUUGUACCCAUAAAUGCCAUCGGAGUUAGUAUGAUUGAAUCUAGGUAUGCACUUUUUUAAUCAUCCUAAUUUAUUGUCCUCGGUGACUCACAGCGUUGUUCCCUCGCUGGCUGGCCAGAGAGCGCCAUGUUUACGCCUUUUUGCAUUUCAGUGUUAAAAGUCAUUGAAACAAAAUGGACGCCAACGGAUUGUUUCCAUGUGCCAGUGCGAGACCGACAUUUUUUUUUCCCCCACAUCAAAUAUUGACAUGAGAUUGUGUAUUUGCGUAUAUGUAUAUUAGGAUUCAGGAUUGUGUGAUUGUUAGCCGGGUAGCGCCUCGAGUUGUGGAUUAUUUAUAUGAAGGAAGGAGAGGCUUUUCUACAUUGUUCUUAAUUUUCUGGGCUCAAAUUGCAGAUCAGAACAGUUCUAGCAGAAUCACCUCUGUGUCUUUACGAGUGCUUCCUGCAUUGUUGAUGAUGCCGUUCAUCUCAGCACAAAGGCAAAUAUGCAAACUUCACCGCACUUGGCCCAACGCGGCUUUCGGGCAAAGGCUCGCCAAUUAGGCGGAAAGGAUUACAACAUGCACGAAAAGCCCUGAACAGUAUUUCCAAAUAAUUUCCAUAUCACCGUCAUGCAGUUUCUCAAGCCUCCAAAAACAAAGAGUUCAAUGGUACUGUGCUCGUUUUUUAAAAGCAAAUAAAGCAAGCAAAUAAAUUCCCCCACUAAUCCCCCCGGGGGACGCAUACUGACACAAACUGGAGUCUGCUCUUUUUCCUCUUUGAAGAGUUGAAAAACAGUGAUGGUAUGUUCUGGGAAUGAUGAUGACCUUAAGUCCAGGAUUUUGUCAAUUUUAGGGGCGGGGACGUUUCAGAUGAGCUCAUAGAAGGACAGUGGAGAUGUUCCGCAUCGAGAAGAAAACAUUUUCAUUUGAAAAAACACUUUCACAGCCUUAAGGGGGUGCAGGGGGUCUGGACCACCACUUACCUUUAAUAUUAAAUGGACAUUUUUUUUAUUAAACUGCUUUGUGGGAGAUGUC